UCUCUUGUUUGUUUCUGAGCUGAAACCAGAGCUCCAAAGCUCCUCCUCUAAUGGCAGACCUCAUACCAUAAGAAAGCCACCCAAUCCAUCUUCUUCUCUCGAAGCCUCAGCCACAAUGAAACCUAAGUCCCCCACUAGCUGUUACUUCUCUUUCUUCAUAUUCUUCUCCCUCGCCGCUUUCUCUCUCCAAUCUCCUACUUCAUCCUCUGCUUUUUCAGCUUUCAGAGAUUCUGCUCAACAAUUGAUCAGCUUCAAGGCUUCUCUCCCGGACCAAUCCGUACUCAAAGACUGGCUUCCUAAUCAAAACCCAUGUUCUUUCACUGGGAUUUCCUGCAAGCAACCCGGGGCUUAUUCCAUAGACCUCAGCUCCGUCUCUCUGGGGACAAACUUCAGUGUUGUCUCUGCCUAUCUUCUCUCACUCGACCGCCUGGAAGCUCUCAACCUCAAGCGCACCAAUCUUACUGGUAGCAUUUCUGUGCUUCCACAUGCGUUCAAGUGUGGUGCCUCAUUGAGCAGUAUAGAUCUAUCUCAGAACGGAUUGUCAGGUUCUGUUUCGGACAUAUCCUAUCUGAGCUCCUGUUCAAGUUUGAAAUCUCUCAACCUUUCGAAUAAUGCUUUUGAGUUUUCUGGGAAAGAUUCCACGGGCUUGAGGCUCAAUCUCCAAGUGCUGGAUAUCUCUUUUAAUAAUAAUAUUUCCGGUCCAAAUGUUCUCCCUUGGAUCUUAUCUCCAGGUUGCGACGAUAUGCAAGUGUUGGCUCUGAGAGGGAACAAAAUCGCCGGAGAAAUCAAUUUCUCAAAGUGCCAGAAAUUGCAGCAUUUGGACCUUUCUGCGAAUAAUUUCUCUGUUGCUAUUCCUUCGUUCGGUGAAUGUUCGGCGUUGGAGUACCUUGAUAUCUCUGCUAACAAGUAUUUCGGCGACAUUGGCCUCGCUCUCUCUUCCUGCAAGAAGCUCAGCCACCUCAACGUUUCAAGCAACGAGUUCUCUGGUCCGGUUCCGUCACUUCCUGUGGACUCUUUGCAGUUCCUUUAUCUCGCAGGCAACAAGUUCCAUGGUCAGAUUCCGGAACAACUGACGGAUUUGUGCACCACUCUCGUGGAGCUCGAUCUUUCCUCGAACUCCCUUUCUGGUACGAUUCCGCGCGGUUUUAGCGCCUGUUCUUCGCUGGAAUUGUUUGAUAUAUGUAAAAACAAGUUUUCCGGUGAGUUACCAAUUGAAAUUUUUGUGGAGAUGAGCAGCUUGAAGAAGCUAGUUCUUUCAUCCAAUGAUUUAGUCGGUAAUUUGCCGGAUAAUCUGUCGAAGCUCACCAGCUUGGAAACUUUGGAUUUGAGUUCCAAUAACUUAUCCGGGUCAAUACCUGGAGGGCUAUGUCAAGAUCCUAGGAACAAUUUGAAAGAACUAUACCUGCAGAAUAAUGUGCUCACGGGUUUGAUUCCACCCACACUCAGCAACUGUUCUCAGCUUCUGUCAUUGGAUUUAAGUGUCAACUACCUGAAGGGGACUAUCCCUUCCAGCCUGGGGUCUCUUUCGAAGCUUCGUGAUUUGAUCAUGUGGCUAAAUCAGCUUCAAGGCGAAAUACCACAAGAGCUCAUGUACAUUAAGACCCUUGAGAAUUUGCUUUUGGACUUCAAUGAGCUCACAGGGAACAUUCCUUCUGGUUUAAGAAACUGCACUGCCUUGAAUUGGAUCUCCCUGUCUAAUAACAGAUUGAGCGGGGAGAUUCCUGCUUGGAUUGGCCAGCUUUCCAAUCUUGCAAUCCUGAAACUGAGCAAUAACUCAUUCUCUGGGAGGAUUCCACCUGAACUUGGUGAUUGUCGCAGUUUGAUAUGGUUAGAUCUAAAUACAAAUUUCCUAAAUGGGUCAAUUCCUCCUGAGUUGUUCAAGCAAUCUGGCAAAAUCACAGUGGAUUUCAUACGUGGGAAAACUUACGUGUAUAUCAAGAAUGAUGGCAGCGAGGCAUGCCACGGAGCAGGGAAUUUACUAGAGUUUGCUGGGAUCAGUACGGAGCAGUUGAACAGAAUUUCUACCAGGAAUCCUUGUAACUUCACUAGAGUUUAUAGGGGCAAUCUCCAACCUACGUUUAGUAAUAAUGGGUCGAUGAUUUUUUUGGAUCUUUCAUACAAUAUGCUGUCAGGUAGUAUACCGAAGGAGAUUGGGAGCUUGUAUUAUGUAGACAUUUUGAAUUUGGGUCACAACAACCUAUCUGGAAAUAUUCCCGAAGAGCUUGGGAAGGCAAUAAAACUGGACAUACUUGAUCUCUCAUGGAAUAGGCUUGAAGGACAAAUUCCACCGUCUUUGACCGGCCCUUCCAUGCUCUCUGAAAUUGACCUGUCAAACAACUUUCUAUCGGGAGUGAUUCCUGACUCUGCUCAAUUUGGAACCUUCUCUCCCAGCAGUUUCGCGAAUAAUUCUGGUCUCUGCGGAUUCCCUCUUGCUCCAUGUGGGACACGCCCAGGAUCAAGUUCAGAUGCUCAACAUCAGAAAUCUCGCAGGAGGCAAGCAUCUCUUGCAGGUAGUUUGGCUAUGGGAUUGCUAUUCUCCCUCUUCUGCAUCUUUGGUGUACUUAUAAUUGCCCUAGAGACCAGAAAGAGGAGGAAGAAGAAGGAAGCUGCUCUAGAUGCCUACAUGGACAACAAUUCUCAUUCAGGCACAGGCAACAAUACAAACUGGAAGCUUACGCCCCGUGAAGCACUUAGCAUAAACCUUUCAGCAUUUGAGAAGCCCAUCCGAAAACUUACCUUUGCAGAUCUCCUUGAAGCUACUAACGGCUUUCACAAUGACAGUCUUAUUGGUUCUGGUGGUUUUGGUGAUGUCUACAAGGCUCAACUGAAGGAUGGAAUUGUUGUGGCUAUCAAGAAACUGAUACCUAUUAGUGGUCAAGGUGACAGGGAAUUCACAGCUGAAAUGGAAACCAUUGGGAAAAUCAAGCAUCGCAACCUAGUUCCCCUUCUGGGUUACUGCAAGGUUGGGGAAGAAAGACUCCUGGUUUAUGAAUUCAUGAAAUAUGGAAGUCUAGAAGAUGUUUUGCACGAGCGGAAGAAAGCUGGGGUCAAGCUGAACUGGGCUGUAAGAAGGAAAAUUGCGAUUGGGGCUGCCAGGGGAUUGGCUUUUCUUCAUCACAAUUGCAUCCCACACAUCAUUCAUCGAGACAUGAAGUCCAGUAAUGUGUUGCUUGAUGAGAAUUUGGAAUCCAGAGUCUCUGAUUUUGGAAUGGCUAGGCUUAUGAGUGCCGUGGAUACCCAUUUAAGUGUCAGCACGCUAGCAGGCACCCCUGGCUAUGUUCCUCCUGAAUAUUAUCAGAGUUUUAGAUGCUCUACUAAAGGUGAUGUGUAUAGUUAUGGAGUAGUUUUGCUGGAGCUGCUAACUGGGAGACGCCCGACAGAUUCGGCAGAUUUUGGCGAUAAUAAUCUCGUGGGAUGGGUUAAACAACAUGUCAAACUGAAAGUCAAUGAAGUUUUUGAUCCAGAGCUCUUGAAAGAGGAUCCUAGUCUCGAGACUGAGCUUCAACAACACUUGAAAGUUGCUUGUGCUUGUUUGGAUGAUCGACCAUGGCGGCGUCCCACAAUGAUUCAAGUCAUGGCAAUGUUCAAGGGAAUCCAAGCUGGGUCUGGCAUUGAUUCUCAAUCCACCAUAGACACUGAAGAUGGAGGUUUUGGUUCAGUUGAAAUGGUAGAUAUGAGCAUAAAAGAAGCCCCUGAAGUAAACAAGCCAUAAGCACAAUAAAGUAAGCUAGGAUUCAAUCAAGAGGAGGAGGAGGAGUGAUUUCAUCAGCUCCCCAAAAUUUUUUUCCUUCUCUGCAACUCCUAAUUAUUUCAGCAGCGAACAAGCGGAUGAAAGGGAAAAUUUGCUGUGCCUCUAGUCUCUACCGUUGGAUGUAUGUAAUCUUUGUUAUUUCAUAGUUUUAAAAGUUGUUUAACUUGUGAUAAAUUUGUAUAUAAACAGCUUCAGUUCAGUUCCAGUGGUUACCAUUUUGUUUCUUAA